ACUCAUGCAAAUAUUUCUUCUGGAAUAGUCUCCUACACACUCGGCCUGAUCGGAGCCUGCGCAACGGUGGAUACGGCCUGCUCGACGCAGCUUGUAGCCAUUCACCUGGCUCGGGCGGAGAUUGUGCUGAGCACAUCCCCGCAGGCCCUUGCGCAAGGGGUCGGACUUCUAGGGCCCGCAUGGAGUUCUAGAUUUGCCAGCCUUGGGAUGCUUUCAGCACUGGGGCGCUGCCAUAGUUUCGAUCGCCAAGGGGACGGUUACGCCCGAGCUGACGGCGCUGCUUGCUUUUUGCUUGCUGAAUCACAACCGACGUGCGAUUCUCCAGAGUUUUCGGUGACCGCUACCGCGGUGCAAAGUGAUGGUCCGAGUGCUAGCCUCUCUGCUCCUAACGGCUCUGCUCAACGGAGAUUGAUUAUGCUCGUCCAACCGCGUCAGACUUUUCUUACACCAACAGUGCCCGUAGAGUGUCAUGGAACUGGCACCCUGCUUGGCGAUCCA